GCGAAUACCCGACGAACCCGAGCAAACACAUGACGCACGGGGUCUUUCUGUACCGGAAGUCGCGGCUAUUCUGGACGUUUCCCCGGCCCCCCGUGGGGCUCCCCCGAACCACAGACACAUACUACACGCUGACCUCCGAAGCCCUCCCCGACAGCAAUCCGGGGCUCUCCUACGCGCGAGGCCCCCAGUCACCGAAGGACUACCCGGUGAAGAUGCUCCAUCCUGCCCGAUACCUCGAGGGCCUCCUCCUGAUGCGCGCCCGCGACAUUGUCGGCCAGCACACGGAUCUCUGGUGGAAGCGCCACCUGCAAGAGUGGAUGGAUGUUCUGGAGGACGCCAACAACCCGAACCUGGAAUUCGACCGCAUUUCCGACGGCCCCUUCCGUCAGUUCGUCGCCUUCUGGAGAGUCGCUCGCUCCCUCCCGCACCUCGUCGACCAUUACUUCCUCAUCCUGUACGUCAUCCUCAACGGCAUCGGGCAGCUUCCCCCCCCUCCCACCAUCCCGCUUGACCCCGAGGUCGCGGACCUGCAACGCCGCUUGACAGAUCUUGUCGUCUCGUCCCCUGGUCCCUUCAUCAAUCGGACCCUCACUCAUGACCAGCUCACCCUCACCCUGCAGGAUCGCAAUCUCGUCGGGGACGUGAGUGCCUCCAAAGCUGAGGCUCUGGCCUUGGUCAUGGCAAGCGUUGAUCUUUGAUGGCCUUUCUGUGUCACUCACUCGAUGUCCCGUGCUAUUCCGUCGGGUUUGGUGCCCGUCUGAUUCGGUGACUUUUCAUAUAGUAUAUAUAUAUAUAUAUAUAUAUACUACAUAUAUCUCGGACAUUUCAC